AUGGGGAAGAACAAGAAGAAGAAGAACAGAUCAGAUUUGAAGAACGGAGCGAUUCUAUUAGAGGAACUAAUCGCUUCCUUCGACGGCAAAACCAAUCCGAUUCGUUGCUUCUCCUCCGAUCAGAUACUCAAAGCGACCGACAAUUUCUCCGAGAGCCGAGUUAUCUCCAGUUGGGGAUACUUCAUCUGGUACAGAGGCGUAAUCGAAAACAGAGCAGUCUCGAUCAAGAAAUGGUCGAGCCAGAACCUCUCAAGCUUCACGGAGGCGUAUCGCGAUAUCUCCGUGUCGUCGCAGAUGAGCGGACACAAGAACGCUCUUAAGCUCAUAGGUUGCUGCUUGGAGUUUGAUCUUCCGGCUUUAGUAUGCGAGUACACAGAACACGGACCGCUCAACAGAGACGGAGGAAUCUCAAGUGGAGAGGUUCUCCCAUGGAAAGUGAGGUUGAAGAUCGCGAAAGAGGUCGCGAGCUCCGUGACUUAUCUCCACACGGCGUUUCCGGAGACUAUAAUCCACCGGAACAUAAACCCGACGAACAUUUUCAUCGACGAGAAUUGGACGGCGAAGCUUUCUGAUUUCUGGUUCUGUGUUGCGAUACCAGAAGGGGAAUUGUAUGUAGAAGACGAUGUGAAAGGGGUCAUUGGGUUUGUCGAUCCAGAUUAUUACUGGACAAUGAAAGUUACAGAAAAGGUUGAUAUUUAUAGCUUUGGAGUUGUGAUGUUGGUUUUGCUGUCUGGAAGAGCUGCUGUGUUUAAUGGACCAGGGGAGACUCAUUUGUCGCUUAACGAUCAUGUCUCUGAGAUAAUGGAUAAAGGUGGGUUUGAAGAGAUUGUUGAUAAAGAGAUAUUGAAUGUUUCGUCUGGUGAUGAGUUGGUUCUGAGACGGUCACAGGUCGAAGCUUUUCUUAGACUAGCUUUGAGAUGUGUGAGAUACAAGAAAGUAGAUCCAGUGAGUAGUAUGCUUGAAGUUGCUAAAGAGCUCAAAUUGAUUGAGAAACUCUCUUAA